CAGGGUUUGCGAGUAAUCGAUUAAUAAUCGUUUUAAUUUGGGGUUUUCAAGGUAAUGUGAAGAAUUUUUAACCGAACUUGGGGUGUGGAAGCUUUAAAAAGGGAACUGACACCCAAAUGUUCCUUUUUUCAUCGUUAUUUCAUUGAAUAUUAAAAUUGGUAUAAGUACAAUUAAAAUCUGUUCCUAUAACGUAAGAUUUUCGGCGAUCGGUUCAGAAGUUUAAAAAUCUAAUUCUAAUUAACCCUUUUAAUUCGGUAACCUUUUGUUUCAACAAAUUUCCUUAAUACUCUUUUACAAACUUGCUUCAUUACAAACACUAACCCUUAGCUAUGCUAACCAUUAACUAACCUCCCUCUAGCCGCAUCAGAACCCUGCUACUAAACACUAAAUAUCCUUUGCAGACAAACUGUUUUGAGUUAGUACAGCAAUAACUUAGUAAUUGGCUAAAAUAAUAAUAAAUGAAACAAAAACUAAAAUAAUAAACCCCCAGACAAUAAACAGUUUUCUUUAGAAUUUCGUGUUUAACGGACGUGUCGCCUUAACGUAACGCUCGGUAAAAAAUUGUUUAAUAUAAAUACAAACGGUGCUUUUAAUACUGAAAAAAAUAAAAUGACUUCUUUUAGUCAUCACAAGUUAAAUCCUCGUGCAAAUGUUUUCAUUUUGGUUAAUUUGGGUUGUGAAAUGUUGUUUGUAAUCGACCAGCGUUUGAAGGCGCAACAAAUUGCGCUUGAUAAGUCGAUACAAGUUAUUCACGAUGUCACAGCUGUACUGUUGGAACCGAAAUUCAUUGACUCCCUGAUAGUGGGCUCUACACAACCCAAUGCUCAGUUACUAACCGAAGAACAUUGUAAAUUUAUGCUCAAAGAUAUAGCCACCUGUUCAUUAAUGCGUUUAGAUGAUGUCUCCAUGGAUAAGCUGUGGAAUCUAAUGACAAUGAUUUACAAAUGGCAGCUAUUUCAAAGCAAGCAGCAAUAUCAUCUCAUGGAUAUCACUUUCAGACACUUACAGGGCAUUGGCAACUUUUAUCCCGAUGAAAAACGUUCCAUGUUAAUAGAUUUUACCAAAAAUACUCUCUUAGAUUUUUGGAAUUCAUGUACGGAUGAAGAACAGCAUGCUAUAUAUAGAACAAAUAAAGCUUGGUUGGAAGUGUUUAAUACGAAAAUUUCAUUGCUAAUAAGGUUGGGUUUUCAGGCUUUGGAUGGUACUUUCUUAGAGGAGGUGGACGCCAGCUACUAUCAAGAUUUUAAGGAUUGUAUAGGGGAUAAUAUUUAUAUAAAAAGUGCCGAAAUAGCGGAGCUUAAAAAGCAGCAACUGAAUGAAAAGUCGGUGGUUAGUACAGCUAAAUGUGUUAAUCAAUUGGCGGAAAUGUUAAAUUUCCCUCAGACAUCAUCGGCGGCAGGGAAUUUUGUUAACAGUUCGGAUGAUUUUAAACCCAUAAAUGUGCGAGAAUUUCAAAAGAAUUACGAACAAAAUCUACAGCAAUGUAAUAUUUUAUUUGAAGAUUUAGAUGUUAAUGGCGUCUUUACUAAUACUAAUAAUGCCUCCUGCUCUUCUGAACAACAAUCAAAAGGUUUUGUUCAUCUGAAUCCCGUGUAUAAUAAACAAUUGGAUGUUACUACAACUGCUUCGGUUACCCCAGCAGCUACAGCAACCACUUAUGCUGCAACAAAAGCUCAAUUACCCGACAUAUCGGCAACUGGUCUUAAUAAAGAUCUUUUGGAUUUAUAUAGCAAAAUAAAUUAAGUAAUUUUUUGUUCUUAGUUUUAUUUUUUAGUUUGUUUUUAAACAAUUUACUUUGUUUUGCAGUUGGUUUUUUCUCAGUGUAUGAUUUUACAGUUAACAAAAAGUUUAGUGUAAUUUUGUUUCGAGGUUUUAAUAAAGAAAACUAAAAACGUAUUUCAUCAUGAAAUAAAUUACAUAAUUUAAAUGAGUUUUGUAAAGUUGUUAUUUUAUAAUUUAAUUUUAAAGCUGUUUAAGCAUUAUGUAAUUAUUUUAAAAAAAUAUUUAAACAAUAAAUUUAUAAGAAAUUAAGAUAGCAAAAACUACUUUCGAUUUAUUAUAUGAGCGAGCACUAAAAUUAUAGUUUUUUAGAGAAUCAAAACAAAAAGUCGGAAGGAAUUUGUUUAUAGUUUUUGUAUGGGAAAAUCCAUGGAUCAAAGGGUAACAUUUAUAUACUGUAAUGGACGACCCUAGAAAGGGAAAUAAUUAAAGAUCUUGUUAAUUUAGAAUAGUCUAGUCUGGACUGUAGAACAGUCUAUAGUCUGGACUAUAGAAUAGUCUAUAG